UGCAACGUCACCUCCAGCGACGGAAGUAAUUUUUUGUGCCUGGUUUCUGAAACCGGGAUCGGAAGGACACGUGUAACCGGUAGUAAAAACUGUCAAGUGCAGCAGUGGAUUGGAGUUUGAGUUUUUCUUUUCUUUACAGCAUUGCUGAUCUCAGCUGUUUAGAUUGUUUUUAUUCGUGUGUAGACUAAAUGUAAUCGGUUAUUUGGGCGGGGCAUCUGCAGCAGCGAUUGUGUCUGUUAGCGGGGGGCGGAUCUGAACAGGCAGUUCAUGUCAAAAGGACGCAGGCUAGUCACAGUGCCCGAGACUGAUCAGCCGAUCAUUAUAUGCAAGCUUUCUGUGGAUAUCUAUCUUCCUAACGUCGAUCACUAUGUGGGCUGGUCCCGCUUUUCCACUGCUGACAAGUCUCUGUUACUCGGUGUUGGGUUUCCUGGCGACGCUGAAACUGAUCCCGGCGUUCAGGGGACACUUCAUUUCUGCCCGGCUCUAUGGAAUGGAUCUGAACAAACCUGUCAAAGUGCAGAUCCCCGAGUCACAAGGAGUAAUAAGUGGCGCCGUCUUCCUUAUUAUCCUUUUCUGCUUCAUUCCUGUCCCGUUCCUCAGCUGUUUUGUGAAGGAGCCAUGUGAAAAUUUCCCACAUGAUGAGUUUGUCCAGUUGAUCGGAGCACUUCUUGCUAUUUGCUGCAUGAUCUUUCUUGGCUUUGCGGAUGAUGUUUUGAACCUGCGCUGGCGGCACAAGCUUCUCUUGCCUACCAUGGCUUCUCUACCGCUCCUUAUGGUAUACUUCACCAAUUUUGGCAACACCACCAUUGUUGUGCCUAAGCCGUUCCGUGGUUUGCUUGGACUGCACCUUGACUUGGGAAUACUCUACUAUGUGUACAUGGGAAUGCUGGCCGUGUUCUGCACCAAUGCCAUUAAUAUUCUGGCAGGCAUCAACGGGAUUGAGUCGGGUCAGUCGCUUCUCAUCUGUGGCUCUAUCAUCAUCUUCAACGUCAUUGAACUGCAAGGUGACUUCAAAGAUGACCAUGUGUUCUCUCUCUACUUCAUGAUCCCUUUCUUUUUCACCACACUGGCACUUUUCUACCACAAUUGGUAUCCUUCAUCAGUCUUUGUUGGAGACACGUUCUGCUAUUUUGCUGGGAUGACUUUUGCAGUUGUGGGAAUUCUCGGUCACUUCAGCAAAACAAUGUUGCUUUUCUUCAUCCCGCAGCUGCUCAACUUCAUCUACUCACUUCCGCAGCUGUUCCAUGUGGUUCCGUGCCCCCGUCACCGACUGCCUAGAUUAGAUCCAGAUUCUGGAAAGCUGGGGAUGAGCUAUUCCAAGUUUAAGAAGAAAGACCUGUCUAGCCUAGGAGCUCUAGUGCUGAUGGUGGCAGAGAAGCUUCAUGUUGUUGAUGUGCGCCAUAGUCUACCUGAAGAGGAGUUUAUGGAGUGUAACAAUAUGACUCUCAUCAACCUUGUUCUGAAAGUGAUAGGUCCAACACAUGAAAGGACAUUGACUACUAUAAUGCUGCUCAUACAGGUGAUGGGUAGUGCAGUGGCUUUUGGAAUUCGCUACCACCUGGUGCGACUCUUCUAUGAUGUCUAGUUGAGGCCUGAAGAGUUGGUUUUCAUUUUUGAGGACGUUUGCCCAGUGUGUGCACUUCAUUUGCUUUCUUUUUCCUGAAAUGCAAGCUCCACCUGCCUGAGAGACGGUCUUUCCUUCAGGCUUAUGAAGAUUAGCAGGCCUUGGUGGUUCAGCAGACAUUGGCUCACAGCAACACUGCUUGCCACACAAGAUGGGACUGACUGCUACAUUAUCCAGGUCAGGACGGGCAGGUGAUUGCAUUACCUUAUCUUCUGUGCUCAUGAGUCUGCCAGCAAUCCAUCUCACAUGGAUCAGUGGCCUGGACGGUUGGUCAUGGUGUAGAGAGCACACUGUACAUCAGCCAGGAAUGUGCAAAUAGGUGAGAAGUAAAAAUUAUCACCAAAUGAAAUGGCAGGAAAGCACAACGUGGGGUUGUGUGUCACCAUGUAAUUAAACACAACCAUUCAGGUUGUCAUUUCUCCAAGGUGGUAGCGGAAAGACUUCAUCAGGCCACCUUGAGUGGCAGAAAUUAAAAAAAAAAAAAAAAAAAAAAAAAAAAAAAAAAAAAGCCCGUCAGGCUCCUCGGUUUCCUUGUCUUGCAUUACAAGCAAAUAUUUUUUUUGUUAGGCCACAAAUAAAUAUGUCGAUUGAUUGAGGUUCAGUAGAAUGUUUGAUUUACAUUUGCAUACUUAUCAAAAAGUGGCCUUAGCAUAUUGUGUUUCUAGUGGGCUCUGUCACUGACUUUAUUUUCCAGCCUGGUAAUCUGUCUUUGAAUUGCCAGGAAGUGCUUACUUGAAAAUGUAAUGUGUUUCUAUUGCAGACCACCAGUUCUAAGGGCCUCCACCUUUCAGCCUGGCAGCAUUAGAGGGCAGAUGGACUGUAUAAUUAUUUGUAACAUUAGGUUAAGUGGUGGCUCCUGGUGUGACUGAGUGUAACCAGUCAUGCCAGGCACACAUCAUACCUAGGCUUUUUUUUUCCCCCUGUAACUCUAUCUAUCUAUACAAAAUGAAUGUCACUUUUUUACACUGAUGGGCUCAGUCCCUCAAAAGUUUCAGAGUCCCUGUUUUGUCAAGUUCAAGACCCUGUGCUUUAGUCUCCCCAGUAAAUGAACUGUAAUUUAAUGAGUCCACAGGGGCAUGUAAAAACUGUGACGUGCUUUUACACAAACAAAUAGUAUGUCUUCCCCAUCCAACUGUUAAAUAUUGUGUAUGAUAUUAACAAUCCAUGUAAACCUAGCUGGUUUAUCUGAGAAAGUUUGAACACUUUUAAUUAAAUGCAGAGAAGGUAAUCAAAAAUGCACAUGGAAGGCAGCUAUAGAGCUCACAAGAAACCAAUUUGUAUGUAUUGUGCAGUAGCUCAGAUGUAUUUAUUUCAAGAAUACCACUGAUGUAACAGCUACUGUGUUGAACAAAAGCCUUCUGAACUUCACAGCUAACUAAUGAUGUGAAUUACAAGUGUUGCCUUUUCUAAAUCCUUACAUUUCCCAUAGUCAAUUUUGAAAGAGAAUAUUCAGUGUGAUGAAUGUCAGUCACGCUCUCUCUCUCUGUCAUUAUUUGCUCUUUGUGACUUUCAUCCAAAUUCUUCCAACACAACACAGAUGAGACCUAUCUUUAUUAAUACUAGGAACAAGGCAGGAACCGGUCCAACUCAUGCACACAUUCUGAUGGGGCCAAUUAAUCUAACCAGUGUAGCUUUGGAGAUGUAGGAGGAAAACCAAUGCUCUCAAGGGCAGAACGUGUACGUAUAAAAAGCUGUGGGACAGUAGUAAGAUCAGUGGGAUAAAGUGCUCAGUUUUGUAUACUGGUUUUAGGUUUUUUUUCCCCCCUGCUUAGCCUGCACAAAGUGCGCCUCCAGCCUGUUCCCAUUAAUAAACCAUUUGAACUUUUUUCCUGUAGCAUAUUAAGCAGGUUAGAAGACUGAUGGAUCUUUUUGCAGUGGUGUAAGCAGAACUCACUUCAGUAUCUCAACAGAGGUCUUGCCCAUGUACUGUUAUCUUCAAAGCACAGUUCCCCUCCUACAGCACUGGUAGUAAAUGCAUCCCUCUUCAAUGCACAUAUAUACAAAAAAUUAGAAAAUCAUCGAAAAGUUCAUUUAUUUCAGUAAUUCAAUUCAAAAAGUGAAACUCAUACACACAGAGUGAUAUAUUUCAAGCGUUUAUUUCUUUUCAUUUUGCUGAUUAUGGCUUAUAGCUAAUGAAAACCCAAAUUCAGUAUCUCAGAAAAUUUAAAAUAUUGACCCUUUUCACAAUAUUCUGACUCCUGGUGUCCCACUCGACUUAGCUAAUUAACCCAAAACACCUGCAAAGGGAUCUUGAACCUUUAAGUGGUCUCUCAAUCUGGUUCAGUAGGCCACACAAUCAGACUGCUGACAUGACAGUUGUCCAGAAGACAAUCAUUGAGACCCUCCACAAGGAGGGGAAGCCACAAAAGGUCAUUGCUAAAGAAGCUGGCUGGUCACAGAGUGCUGUAUCCAAGCAUAUUAAUGGAUGGUUGAGUGGAAGGAAAAAAUGUGGCAGAAAAAGGUGUGCAAGCAACAGGGAUAAGCAUAGCCUUGAGAGGAUUGUGAAGCAAUGUGAUGCAAAAGUAUCUGGGAUGUGGGCUACAACUUUACAGCAUUCCUUGUGUCAAGCCAUUCCUAAACCAAAGACAGCCCAGGUAAGACGCUUCUGAUGUUAAGGAGAAAACAGAAUGGACUGUUGCUCAGUGGUCCAAAGACCUCUUGUCAGAUGAAAGUAAAUUUUGCAUUUCAUUUGGAAAUCACGGUCCCAGAGUCUGGGGGAAGAGUGCAGAGGCACAGAAUCCAAGUUGCUUGAGGUCCAGUGUGAAGUUUCCAGUCAGUGAUGGUUUGGGGAGCCAUGUCAUCUGCUGGUGUUGGUCCACUGUGUUUUAACAAGUCCAAAGUCAGCACAUCCGUCUACCGAUUGGCCAGCAAACUCGCUUGACCUAAACCCCAUAGAGAAUCUAAGGGGUACUGUCAAGAGGAAGAUGAGACACAGCAGACCCACCAAUGCAUAUGAGUUGAAGGCCGCUAUCCAAGCAUCCUGAGCUUUCAUAACACCUCAGCAGUGUCACAGGCUGAUCACCUCCAUGCCACACCACAUCGAUGCAGUAAUUCAUGCAAAAGAAGCCCCGACCGAGUAUUGAGUGCGUACAUGGACAUACUUUUCAGUACGCCAACAUUUCUGUAUUCAAAAUCUUUUUUUAUUGGUCUUAUGUAAUGUUCUAAUUUUCUGAGAUACUGAAUUUUGAGUUUUCAUUACCUGUAUGCCAUAAUCAGCAAAAUGAAAAGAAAUAAACAUUUGAAAUGUAUCAUCACUCUGUGUGUAAUGAAUCUAUAUGAUAUGAGUUUCACUUUUUGAAUUGGAUUACCCAAAUAAUUAAGUUUUCGAUGAUAUUCUAAUUUAUUGAGAUGCACCUGUAUUUCCACUACCCUCAGGCAUGGCACAUCCUUCCAACACAUAGCAAGCAUCCAGGUCAACUCGUAGAUAUACUUCUUAUUUCGUUUUAGUUAAGACUUGUACUCACUUGAGAGAAUACUCCACCCAAAAAGUAUAUAUUUUGUAUGUUACUUUACUCCUGGUAGAUUGUAAUGAUGGUCAAGAAAAUUUUUUAAUCUCAUGUUUUUACAGAACAGAGGAAAGGGUGGGUUUGGCUCCAGCAGACCCCCGUGACCCUGUGUUCGGAUUCAGCAGGUUGGAAAAUGGAUGGAUGGAGAGGAAAGGGUGUUUCUGAUACAGCAUGAGUCUAUGGUGACCAAAUUUGGACUACAGCAAACAAAAUGAAACCAUCCAUGAACAAAAUCUCACGUUACUCAUAUCACAUAAUCCAUACGUGAAGUCUUCUAGUCGUAUAAAGUCCCUAACACACACAUUUUUACUAAAGUAUUGUUAAAUACAUGUUAAAUAAAUGACUAUUAUACCUGCCUCACACUCUCCACCUUGCAUUUUUUAACUUGCACUGCAUUUUUAUCACUCUUUAAUUAAUAUUGUUUUUAUCAAUAUGCUGCUGCUGGAGUAUGUGAAUUUCCCCUUGGGGAUUAAUAAAGUUCUCUAUCUAUUAAUCUAAUCUAAAUAAAUUACUUCCUGAAAAACUAAAAUAGAGAACAUGCAAAGAAGCAUAUGAAUUGUAGAGCAUCGGACAACUUCCAUUGUCUAACAAUAGUCACCAUUGACAUACAGUAUAUUGUAUCAGGAAAGUAUGAUAUUAUAUUUUUUUCUCAGCUAUCACUACAAACUACAGAGCUAAGUAACAUAUAAAACAAAAUAAUUUAUAUAAGGGUGGAGUGUUUCUUUAAGACCCUCUAGUCAUUUUAUAAUAAAGAGCUGAAGAGCACAUUAUACUGUACCUAUUUAUGGUAAAUAGCACUACUAUAGCCAUCUCCCUGGAUGAGGCCUUUUUUAAAAAUAUAAUCGCAUUUUAUUUUAUUUUUUUGAGCCAGUUGCACAGCUACUGUAUUUAGCAGUACUCUUGAGUUUAACCAGUGGCCUUUUAUCAGGCACUAUAGUCAUUGCUUUCUGAAGGAAAAAAAUGCAAAUUGUGUGCUUCUGAUUCUCUAUACCUAUAGCCAUCAGAUAGGAAACUGUCUGACCAGCCCUUCAGGAAAGAUCUUUUGUAAAAGUGUGUUAUUCUUAUUAGGAAUAUCAAAAGUUCAAAUCAGUUUUCUUAAUACUUUUACCAGAACCGAUGCCCACCUGACUGCCCUACAUCUGGUCACUAUUAUAGUAUCACUGGAAGGCAGGCUGGCUCAGUGGUUAGCCUUCAGCCUUGUAGCUCCAGGGAUGUAAGUUUGAUCGAUCUGAGAUUUGUCCCUGCUUUCAUACAAUGUUCUGUCUUCCAGUGAGUAUAUAAUGGAAAAAGAUGGCUUACAAAAUUUGUCAAGGUCUGAGUAGCCAAGUGCACCUUGGUGGGAUUCCACUCCUUGUUGCGUUGAAAUAGGGGGCAACGAAGUAUGAGAAACUGAGCAGAUGUGUUCUCCUAAUUUUGGAAACCAGUUUUGCAUUAACUGAGACUUGCACAAGUUUCACUUCCUCUACUUCAUACUUUGGACAGCUAAUAUAUUGAUUUACUGCUUACCUUCAACAUGUAUGCUGCUGAUCUGGGGGGGCAUUGGGAACUGCUUAUUUUUGCACUUACAGUUCCUCAGCAUUUUAUUGAAAAUGAUAUAUGACAGAUUGAACUAUCCAUCAUUUGAGAGCAGGAGUAAGACAUCUAUCCUUAUUUGUUGAGUUAAGCCUCUCAUCGGAAACACAAAUGCAAGGAAGGAAUGUAUUCAUUUUGGAAUAUUAGGCCUUCUGAGGGUGUAGGAAAACCCAGUUAUACGCACACAAACACGGGUGAGUUAGAAUGUCCCAUCUACCUCCUGUAGUAAGAUACAGUAUCUUUGGAUAUUAGGUGGAAACUGGGGGUCUCCAAGGAGAGACCCAUACAGACACUGGGAGGACAUGCUAAUGCCACAAAUAAAGCACUGUAGUGGGCAAGUGGGACUUGGUCAGAGGGGACACCAACUUCCCUGAGGUGACAGAUGAUGAUGAUGAUUUUUACCUACCUCAGCUCAGAAAUGUCAGAGAGAACAUUCCUAAUAAAAAGUUGACGACUCAUAA